AUGAAGUGUGAGCUUGUGGAUCCAGAUGUCUUGACGAAGCAACUGCGUAUAUUAAAGUCUGCUAAUGUUGAUGGUGUUAUGAUUGAUUGUUGGUGGGGAAUAGUUGAGGCGCAUGUUCCACAAGAAUAUAACUGGCAGGGGUAUAAAAGGCUUUUCCAAAUUGUACGUGAUCUCAAGCUUAAAUUGCAGGUGAGCUCAAUCUUCGUUGAUAUUUUACAAUGUCUGAUGGCUUGAUUCAUUGUAUCCGCAAUAGUGUUAAUUUUUUUUUAAGGUUUAUCCCUGGAAUACUUAUUUUUGCUCAGGAUUAGCGGUUAAGUGAAGAUGGGACAGCAUCUCUUAUGUGGCAAUUUACCUUUAACACCAAGCUCUUAUUUUCUACACUGGAGUUUUACCAUACCUAGGUUCUGUUCAAAAGGAUGGCCCUCAAUGGCGAUUAGUGAACUAAUCUCUUAUCUGUAUCUACUAACAAAACCAAGAAGACUAAAACUAUACAAAUCCAUUAUAUUUAUAUUUUAUUAUUAAAAUGGAGAUUUUUGAUAAGAAGCAAAGAGUGGGAAACAUACGAAGAGAGAUCAUUAGAUGCCUCAAAACUGUGGUGAAAAGAGGGCAUAAAUUUCGUGAUAGUGAAAAGGUACAAGCCGAAACUAUUUUACAUUUCAUUUGGUGCUCCCCCUAUGACCUGUGCACAUCAAGUACCCAAACUGUAACGAUAUAUAUAUCUUUAUAAGUUUUGAAUUUUCUCUGUAGAAUUAAAGGUUGUAUGAUUCACGUUCCCGUUAACUGUAGUUUUUAUUUAUUUAUUGAUGAUGGAUUCUAUUUCUUUAUCAUUCUUGGUGAUGCAAAUGUAGCAACAUUUUAUAGUUUUCUCGUUUUUUCCGUCAUUUUUCACUUAUUUUGCAACUUUUUUGUUCAGCUAUUGACCAAAUUCCGCAUAAAUGAAUUAAUUUCAACCAGAAAUUCAUCUUUGGUUUUCUAACGAAUGUGAAUGUUAAAGGUAUUAAAUUUAAUCUGUGUACUUUUUCAAUUCUAAUUUCCAGGUGGUUAUGUCAUUUCAUGAAUGCGGGGGCAAUGUUGGCGAUGAUGUUUGUAUCCCUCUUCCACACUGGGUGUCUGAAAUCGGUCGAAGCAAUCCAGACAUUUUCUUUACAGAUAGGGAGGGAAGACGCAACCCUGAAUGCCUUACAUGGGGAAUUGAUAAGGAAAGGGUUUUAAGAGGCCGAACAGCUGUUGAGGUAUGUGUUUGUCAUACUGGUUGGAUAUUUGCUUGCUUCAACAUUUAUCACUUCAGCUGAAGAAAAUAUCUCAAUCUGCAAAACUGGUUGGGCACUUUUUUUGGUGCAACAUUGUGAGACACUUUCAUCUUUUAUAUUUGAGCUAUUUGCGAAGAAAGUUUUCGAAACGGGGAUUGGAUCGAAAUGUGUACCUUGAAUCUUAUCAUAAUUCAAGUAAUUUCAGAUUUGUUGCAUUGAUUGUACUUGAAAGUUUUCACUAGGUCUUGAUAUUGACAAAGGUCAUUUAACGUUUACAAACUUCCAAUUAUCAAUGAUGAUAUCUUAAAGUUUGCAUGGAUAGGAAUUUAAAUUUUGAGUUUCGGUCAUAUUAAUAUAUUCUUAACAAAUGUGAACUUGGGAAUGUGCUCCUAAGUAUUGUCCCCGUGACACUGGAUUUUUAACUCAGCCAAAAUUGUUGAGAUCUAAAGGGAACUACACUCUUGUUUCAUAACUUUGCGUCUUUUGAUUUGUUAUCCUCAGAAAAGUCAAUGAUUCAUCUUGAGGAAAGUGGAACCUAUGUUGGUUGUCUUGGUAUCCGACCAUGGGAAAAAUGGACCAAAUUCUUGACUGAGACUGAUUUAACUUUCAUUUUUUUAUUUUCAUGAAUAAACCUACUUUAAAAAAAAUAAUCAUCCUUGAAAUAUUUAACUAUGCAACUUGUGUGAUGUAAAUGCGACUCUUAUUCGUGCUUGGAGAAAGGAAUCAACUGACCCCGAUAUUUUUGUAGAGUUUGGGUUGCAUGUGUGUCAUAUAAGUGCCACUUCAGCACCAUAAAUCUGACUUCUAACUUUCGGGUACCGAUCACUGGUGUGCUGGUUGGUGGUCAUCACUAAUUCCUGUACAUCUGUAAAAGAAAUGUGUACCACAAGAUAUAUUCGGGUUUCUUUUUGUGUGUGUGAUUGAUGUUUAAUAGUAUGGUUCAGUUUCCAGGCCAGGUCCCUCUUGACUCAUCUUAGUUGAUGCAUGUAAAUUUUAAUCGACAAUAGAGUUUUUACCCAUUAAAAAAAGAUAAUGAUGGCUGUACUGCUCUAACAAUGGGGUAUCAUCUUCUCUGUGUAGGUUUCUAUAUUCCUCUAACUCAAAAGGAGUAUUUAAUGUUGUUACAUUGUCCUUAACUUUGCAGGUAUAUUUUGAUUUCAUGAGAAGCUUCCGUGUAGAGUUUGAUGAGUUUUUUGAAGAUAGAGUGAUUUCUGAGAUUCAAGUUGGAUUGGGUCCCUGUGGAGAGUUACGUUACCCAUCCUAUCCAGUUAAGCAUGGUUGGAGAUACCCUGGCAUUGGAGAAUUUCAGGUGUGUAUUUUCAUUGCCUUACAUUCCAAUAUCUUUAUUUAACUUUGGAUUAGGUCGAUCCAUUAGGUUCUUCGAUUUUCUUUGUUCGGAAAAGAAAGACAAUCCAAACAAAAAAACAUCUUUGAUUACGAUUAAAAGGAACAAUCUCAAAUAGACCAAGAUCCAUUUUUGGGUAAUUUCUUGGUUCAUCAGCCUUAAUUUGGCUUGUUUUAUUGUAGGAGAUUGUCAAUCUACUAGUGAUUCGAGGUUUUUAUGGGCACACUGACCUUCUGUUAAUACAUCGUUACUUCCUCGGGAAUGUGUUACGAACCUCUCAAGAUUUGGGGCGAAAUCUUCACCCUAAUCUUACCUUAGACGAGGCUCACUCAGGGAAUCAGAUCUCUGUGUAUAGAAGAACCAAAUUGAACAAUUGAAAAUGAAAUUGGAAAGACAAUAGAGGUUCGCAGACAGUAGGGUGAGUUCCUGAGGUUGGAUCGAUCCUCAAGAGCAAGAGAGCCCGAAUCGGACCUCUCUAGGGACAGAUCUCCCCCUCCACUCUCUGUUUUCUGCCCCCCCCCCUUCUUAUUUCGGCCUCUUCUAUAUUUAUAGGCCUCAGUACCUUAUUCUGUUGUGGUCCCCCGUCCACAUGGGGGUCUAUGUCGUCUUGUGUAGACGAUGGUUGGCUUCGUAACAUUACUCUCCCCCAUGAGUUUCACCUUGUCCACAAGGUGAGAUGUAGGAAAUUGUCGUAGGAAUGCUGAUAUUGUCAUCCAUGACUAUUCAAACUCUAGAAGAUGUUUCCAUGAAACUAAAAUCUCUGUGUCUUGAGGAAUCGACCUGUGAGCUUUUAUGCCAUGUGGAAUGAGUAUCCAUUCUUGUUCUUCUGGCAGUGUCGGGGGAAUUGGUUGACUUCUAUUGUCUGUUCUUAGUGUCUUCCUAAGUUGGGAUAUAUGGAACACCGGAUGAACAGCUGAAUGGUUGGGCAAUUGGAGUUUAUAUGCCACUGGUCCAAUUCUUUCCAUAAUAAGAUACGGACCAAAAUAGCGAGGGUUUAACUUCUCGUUUUCCUUUUUUGUCAGAGAUUUCAUCCUGUGUGGUUUGAUCUUGAGAAAGACCAAAUCACCCACCUCUAGUUCCACUUCUCAACGAUGCUUAUCUGUAUUAAAUUUCAUCCUCACUGAUGUCUUGUGCAAGUUGACUUUCAAAAUCUUAAGGAUAACAUCUCGUUCCGUGAGUAGUUGAUCGAUGGUGUCAAGUGGUGAAGGGGAUGUUCCAUAUUUGAUAAGUUUUGGCAGGUCCUUGCCAUAUACUGCUCGAAAAGGAAUUUUUAGUGGAAGAAUGAUAGGAAGUAUUGUAACUAUAUUCUGCCCAAUGAAGCCAUAAUUUUCCAUUGCUUUGGUUUAUCAAAUACUGCACAUCUCAAGUAAUUUUCCAAGCACCUAUUGACAACUUCAGUUUGUCCAUCUGUUUGAGGGUGGUAAGAGGAGCUGAAUUUGAGUUCAGUUCCCUGUAGUGUGUGUAGUUCAUGUCAAAAUGUACUCAAGAAUAUUCGUCCCUUGUCGGAGACCACUGUCUUUGGAAACCCAUGGAGCCUUACGAUUUCCUUGAUGAAUAAUUGAGCAACCUCCUUGGCUGAGAAUGAAUGAUGUAGGGCAAUGAAAUGACUGUACUUGCUUAAUCUAUCCACGACUACUAAUAUGGCAUUCGACCCAUGUGAUUUAGGUAAGCUUUCAAUAAAAUCCUUUGAAAGAUCUUCCCAUAUUUGGGUAGGUAUAGGCAAUGACUGGGGAUAGUGAAGAAGAUUUGCACUGUAAGCAAGUAGGACAAUUGUUGAUAUAUGCCUUUAUAUCUCUCUUCAUUCCUUGCCAAAAGAAUUGUUGCGAAAUUUUAUGAUAUGUCUUCUGAAAUCCAGAAUGGCCCCCUACCGGGCUGUCAUGAAAUAAUUGUAACACUCUGAUAAUUAAAGGGGAAUGUGUUGGCAGAACCAACCUUUCGCUAUAUAGCAAGGAUCCAUCCUUCAAAGAAUAUAAUUCGUUGGUUGUAUCUUCUUAGACAAGGAAGUUUUAAUCUCUGCAAGCUUAGUGUCUUGGUCUACUGCCAGAUGGACAGCUUCGAGAUCAAUAGCGUGAUGUGCUAUUGUCUCAUUUAGUUCAGCUUGCAGUAAUGAUGGACAUUGGGAUAAUGUAUCUGGGCUUGGUUGUUCUUCCCUUAUAUUUAAUUUCAAAACUAUAGCCCAUCAAUUUCACCAACCAUUUAUGAUAUUCAACAUGGAUUUCCUUCUGUUUCAGUAAGAAUUUAAGACUGUACUAGUCUGUUUAAAUCAUAAAAUGCUGACACAUAAGAUAAUGCCUCCAUUUCCUUACUGCCAACACUAUAGCCAUCAACUCUCGUUCAUAGGCUAAUUUUAAUUGGGCUCUUCUUGGAAGUGCUUGACUGAAAUAAGCUAUUGGGCGCCUUUGUUGCAUGAGAACGGCCCCAACACCUGAUCUAGAAGCAUCAGUUUCCAUGAUAAAUUCUUGUGAAAAAUUUGGUAAUGCUAAUACCGGAGCCAUAGUCAUUGCUUGUUUAAGGGUUGAGAAGGCUACUUGUGCUUCUCCUGACCAACAAAAUGCAUAUUUUCUUAGUAAUUGUGUUAGUGGCCAUGCAAUUGAAGCAUAGUUGGCAAUACAUUUUCUAUAAUAUCCAGUGAGCCCUAGGAACCUACGGAGUUCCUUAAGAUUUCUAGGAAUUGGCCGAUUAGUCAUGGCAGAUAUCUUCUCCUUAACGACUUCUACUCUUUCUGCUGACACCCAAUUGUCCAAAUACUCUAGUUUGCUUUCUCCAAAUCUGCAUUUCUUGGCAUUAAUAUGAUGAGAAUUUGUUGAGAGAAUGGAAAAUACCUUUCUCAUAUGCUGCAGGUGUUUAGUCAUGGUUUACACAAGUAUAUCAUCAAAGAAAACCAGUAAGAAUCGUCUCAAUUGAUGUUGAAAUAUUUGGGUCAUUAGCGAUUGAAAGAUCUCCCCCUCCACUCUUUGUUUUCUUCCCCCCCCCUUAUUUCGGCCUCUUCUAUAUUUAUAGGCCUCAGUACCUUAUUCUGUUGUGGUCCCCCCUCCACGUGGGGGUCUAGGUCGUCUCGUGUAGACGACGGUUGGCUUCGUAACAGAAUGUUAUUUUGUGUCCAAUUAGGGCUCUCUUAAUUACCUAGGAAAUUCAUUGACGAAUGUAGCGUGUCACCAAGAAGCUAUUUUGGAUUUAUUUCUGGUUACCUGACAGAGAAUUCUGUAAAACAAUUCUGAAAAGUAGACCUUCCGAAAUCCUCAAAUGGAGACAUCUAUGAUUGUCUUUGUGCCAAAUAUGUCGUGCGCCUUUGUAGAAGUGCCCAGACUCCAUGGGGAAAGUACUGUUCUAAUUCUGAAUUCGGCACUCAAGAUGCAAAGUGAAUCAUGACUGAAACAAUUUUUACUCAUUUGCUCAAGUGUCUCACUUCCUUGCAGCGUGUUCUUUUCAACUUAACAAUGAGCCACGAAGGAUUUGUUUUUCCUCGAGGAUUCUGCCACUAUCAAUAGUAAUUGUGUACUUCAGAUUAAAAUACUUGUGUGAAUUCUAAAUACUGGGGUUUGUACUUAACUGAUUUCCUUUCACGUGUUUCUGCCUCUGAAACUUAAUCUGAUGUCAUGACAUUUUUUUGGAGGUGAUUUGAGUGAAUAUUCACCCACUAAGUUUUAGAAUCCAAUGUGAAGAGACUUUUUGAGAAGAAUCUGCAUUUAUAUUGUGGAAUCCUCAUCAUUUCAGUGGACAGAUCAUUCUUAAGGGGCCUUCCUUGCUUAGGCAUUGUCGUCAGAGUAUUUGACGCUUGUCAUUUUCCCCUCUUUUUGUGAUCCGAGCAUUUAAUGAGCAUAUCCUCACAUUCUAGAAUAUCUUUCACCUGCAGUGUUAUGACAAGUACAUGCUGAAGAGUCUGAGAAAGGCAGCAGAAGUGAGAGGCCACGUAUUCUGGGCAAAAGGGCCAGAUAAUGCAGGCUCAUACAAUUCUCAACCUCAUGAAACAGGAUUCUUUCGUGAUGGAGGAGACUAUGACAGCUAUUAUGGUAGAUUCUUCCUUGGAUGGUAUUCUGAGUUGCUAACUGAUCAUGCAGACCGUGUACUGUCACUGGCUAAUUUGGCUUUUGAAGGCACCUGCAUUGCUGCAAAGGUGUGCAUAUAUGUUAUGAUUUAUGAAUCAAAUGUCUAAUUCAGAAAUUUCAGUAAAUUUGGAGAUGAAUGCGAUCUAUUGAGCUUAAAAUUUAUCUUUAUUUUAUUUUUUCUGAAAUUUAAAAUCCACUGUUGAAUGCAGAUAAUAUAUAGGGUUGACAAACAUAGUAUUGAAAGACCCGAAACCGGCACUUGUGUCAUGUACACAAAGUACAAAGGCCUUACCCUGCCAUAGGUAGAUCUAGUGAAGUACUGUGUCAAGAACAACAUCUAUAGUGCGUUUUGCAGAAUCUCCUGUUAUUCACAUUUGGAUUCUGGUAAAUUGUGUAUGUCUGCCAUUUCAUCAAACUAUGGAAACUCAGGAAGGACACAAAAUCUAGUCGCUUGUGGAAAAACCAUAUAGAAAUUCUUGAUCGCAAGUUAAAAGUCUUUAUGGGAUGUCUUCCUGGAAGUAUCCGGGCCUUAGUGGGCGUUUAUGGAAUGGUGUUUGCUGUCCAUGUCUAUACACAAUAGUCUUCGACCUCAGAUUGAACUCCAAUUCAAUCUGUUAAUUGGAAAGGAUGCACUACUACUGUAUUUCAGCUUUAAUUUAGAGAAUCGGACUCAAUUUAAUGGAUGAAGCGCUUUUCAAUGCCCUUUUUCGUAAGCUUGAGGAUGGGCCUACUCUGGUAUAGAAACUAUUUGGGAUAUAAUUUCUCCAAUGAUUUCAUUAAUGGCUAUAUUUUUUUUUGUUUUCGUGUAAAUAGAUUUAAUAAGUUCCCUUCCACCUUAUCCAGCUCCCUUCACUUUUUUUCUUUCGUCACGUGACUUCUCUUCCUGUAUACCAUUAGACAAAUGGGAUGUACGUUGUUGCUAUACAUCACGUAAGGAACCCCUAAAUCAACUCUUCAUCGGUGCACAACCUAAAAAAAGACAAACAUUUGCUGUUAUAGAUAAGCUUUGACUAAUUGAUUCCUGAAGUCAUCCUAAAUUGGAAUCACCAAGGGAAUUUCUAAGUUGUCCUCAUGUGUAAUGGCUUUCGUUUUUUUUAUUUCUGUAAUUCAUAAAUCUGUGGAAAAUUUUGGCUUCCACAGAUUGUUCUCGCCAUAAUUGAUUUUCUUGAACCUAGAAUAUUCUCACUCCGUCGCCCAACUGGGUGGUAUGUGAAUCUUACAAGAAAGCUUACUUCCCGUAGAAUAUCUCCAAUGAUCUACUGAGGAUCCGCAGGUGGUAUGUGCAUUCUUUUUUGUAGUUAUUUUCCUUUAUUUCACUGUUGAGUGAAUGCAUGAAUGCAACGUAAAACACUAUGUUUAAGAGUGACGAGUCGUUUCUCAUACAUUCUUAUGAUGAUUAUAUUUCUCCUUGGUGCCAUUUUUUUCUUACUUCGUGCAACUUAUACGUUUGUCUCAAAUUUUCCUUGCACCAGGUAUCAGGCAUUCAUUGGUGGUACAAAACAGCCAGCCAUGCUGCGGAAUUGACAGCUGGGUUUUACAAUCCUUGUAACCGUGAUGGAUACACUGCGAUCGCAGCAACCCUGAAGAAGCACGACGCAGCUUUAAACUUUACUUGUGUUGAAUUGCGAACUCUGGACCAGCAUGAGGACUUUCCAGAAGCACUUGCAGACCCAGAGGGCCUGGUUUGGCAGGUAGAUGACCCAGAUUUUUGCUUUUAAAAUCCGUGGUGAAUGGUAAACAUCGUUUAUCGCAGUUUCUUCUUUCCAUUCCAACUAUCCAGAAGACAAGGAAGCCAGUAAAAAUCAUUGCAUGGGAAGAACACACAUUGAACUACAUAUUUACCAGAAUUUCCUCGAUUUUUACCCAUCUUAUUUCAUCAGCCUGUAGUAUGAUUAAUUCUAGGGUUUACAAAAUACAAGUCUUCCUGUCAGAUCUCAUACCAAGCAUUAAAAUAAGAUGUGAGGAAAAAAGCAUCGCUAGUUUGGAAACUUUAAUGUGAUGCUAACAUUGAGUUCCAACUACGGUCUGGAGAGGCAUGCCAUCUGUAUGUCUGUGAUGAUGAUGAACAUAUUUUGCUUUUGGAUCAGCGCAUGUGUUCUGACUCCCUUUUAAAACUAUUGAUAUGCUAUUUGACAAUCUCACUCUGGAAGUUGACUUAUUUCAGGUGCUGAAUGCUGCUUGGGAUGCUAAGAUACAGGUUGCUAGUGAAAACGCUCUUCCAUGUUAUGAUCGGGAAGGGUAUAAUAAGAUAUUAGAAAAUGCCAAACCCUAUGAUGAUCCAGAUGGAAGGCACUUGUCUGCAUUCACCUACCUGCGGCUUAGCCCAGGUCUCAUGGAGGGACACAACUUCAUUGAAUUCGAGCGCUUCGUUAAGAAAAUGCACGGUGCGCAUUGA